AUCAAGAAAUGAAAUCAGACUGAUAAGAUAGCCAAGCCGGUUUGAAACGGUGUUGUUUUGCUUGAAACGGUGACAUAACUCACGACUCCAGUGUCAUUAGAAUUCCAAUCGUCUAACCGGGUAGAAUCUGCUACCGUCCAGCAACUCGCAUCAAGUGAAUUUCAAGUAGCUUAAUCAUGGGAAACAUUUUCGAAGAUGUCGAUCCAACCGUGUUUCGUUCGUACGUGUUUUGGUCCUCGGUUUUGGUGUUGAAAAUGCUGGCCAUGUCUUUUUUAACUGCCCGAAAACGUCACGCGAAUAAGGCUUUUGCCAACCCAGAAGAUGCCAAAUCAAUCCGAGGCGGUAAAAUCAAUCUGGCGGAUCCGGACGUAGAGCGAGUGCGGCGUGCUCACCUGAAUGAUUUGGAAAACAUUUUGCCUUUCUUCGUCAUCGGCUUCCUGUACACACUCACCGGUCCUUCGGUGUGGCUGGCCACCAACCUGUUCCGAGUAGUGGCCAUCGCUCGCAUUGUCCACACGCUGGUGUACGCCGUUUUCGUGAUUCCUCAGCCGGCACGCGGUAUCUCCUGGGCCGUCGGAUAUGUCAUUACCGGUUAUAUGACCGUCCAGACUCUACUCAAAUUUAUGUGAGUUGUUAAAUUAUUGACGCAGAGUUUGAAAUGAUUGAAAAAUAUAUACCAUAUUUAAGCCAA